AUGUCAGCAUUGUCGGGCGCUUUGGUAACAGGAUCCAGAGUUGCAUUUAGUAAUCUUCUUGAUUUGGAGAAUGUUAUCCUCAACAAUCCUGAGAAUUUACAGAGUUUAAUAAGAGCUUAUUACCCUACCAACAACUUCCCAUCUCUUUGGAUUAAAGUUGUGUACAACAUUGAUAAACCUAUUGCUAAUGAAUCUUCACUCUCUGUUACUGACAAGAAUGAAAGUUUUGUAUUCUACUGGUCUAAUUCUCCCCUGCUACUGUAUUUCCAUCCUUUGAUGCUGCAAGGAAUCUCCUUACAAUUUUUCAAUCAAGACUACACUAGCCAUGAAGCACAAAUUGAUAUUCCUUCAUUUUGUGCUGGUUUCAAUAGGCAAGGAAAAAUUGAACUUUUGAAUGAUAUCACAAUAUGGUUGAGGUCUUAUGCAUCAGAGAGAAGUAUCAAAAUUGCUCUUGAAGGCUACUGUACAUUUGAAGAAGAUGCUGGCACUUUGAAAAUUUUAACUAUACGUGGACAAUUUAACCUAUUCAAUCUGAUAGGGCUUUCUGUAAUAUGGUUUGUAAUUUUUUCUCAAUUGGCUACCUUUGGUUUUUUCUGGAAGAAAUAUGAUUCUAUUCAAAGGACUAUAACACUUGAUUUUGAUUACCAAUGCAAAUCUCAGCGCCUUCACUUUAAAAGUAUUUUUUGGGCAGCUGUCAUAGUUGAUGGUAUGUGCAGUAUCAUAAUACUAGCACUGGACUUUGCUAAUUUCUUACAGUAUGCACAGUUGUAUAAAGAUGCCAUUCCACUAUCUAUCUCACUUUUAUGCGUCCUAAUCUUCUUAAUUACAAUCAAUGCUGCAUUUUCAAUGUUUCUGACCAUCAAGUAUUAUCGUAAAAAUAAAAUGAUCGCCCUUCCUAAACUGAUCUGCUGUAUUGAAAAGAAGAGAUGUAUUCAGUUCUUUGUUCAGCUUGUUUUUUUAACCAUUUUGACCCUCUCAAGCACUCUUUACAGUUUUCAUAUAUCUGGGAUUAUAAUUGGUAUGUUAGUAAACCCAACAGAAGUGAUGAGCAAAGUGAUCUUAAUCAUGGUGACAAUCAUCAUAUUUUUCUUUAUUGUUGCGUAUAUCAUUGAAAAAUAUGAGACUGGUGAAAUCAAUUUGUUUAGCUUGGCUUAUAUGAUUCUUCUUACAAUACUGUUUGUAACAUUGUGUGUCCAAUUCACCAUUUCUUAUGCUAACACUGUGCUUUUUGUAUCUCUUCAGAACUAUGAUGUAGUGAACAUACUAAGCCAAGUAUUUCCCAUUUUCAUAGCAGGUUUUGUUUUUAAAUGGGUUGCCAUGGAAUAUAAGCAUUAUCGUGCUACCAUUAAUAAAGUGAAUGCAAAAGAGCAGGAAACAAACAAGCUGUUUAUUAAAGCCAAGAACAGAAGCAAAGAGGAUAUAGUAGUACAACACACUGACCAUAAUUUGGCAAUCAGCAAGCAAAUGGAGCCAAGUGUGACUUUGAACUUUUAUAUGUCUUAGAUGUAGCAAACAGCUUAUUAACAUUCAUCUAAUUGUAAUUUUUCAAUGUUUGAUUUGUUUACAAAAUACUUUUUUCCUAUUGGAUAGUAAAUAUUAA